AAGCGGAAAACAAUUUACAUGUCGAUUUGAGUGGGGUUCAAAUGGAGCCAUCAAAGCAUUUAUUUCUUACAUACCUGACUGUUGCUUAUGGACCAUCCGAUGUGAUCAUAAACAGAAUUGCAGAGACAGCUGAUGAUCAGUCCGGGAGAAUACGUUUUAUCUGUUCAGCUAUUUCUUUCUAUCCUUCGGUUAUGUUUCGAUGGAACAUUACAUGUGAAAGUCAGACUGACUAUACACACUUCAGUGUGUGCUCCAUGAACAUCAUUCACACAGCGGACCGUGUGGUGAUAGAGUGUACAGCCAACAACACCUACUUCCCUGAGGUGUUCUUUUCGACUGUCUAUGACUUGACUAUUGAAGAAAACAAGGAAUCAUCAGCACAAGGUGUAAACACAGCCGUCGUUGGUGGUGUCGGAGCAGCUGCUAUUGUGUUACUAAUCAUCGUCAGCAGUCCUCGUUGUGUUCAUCAUCAAACGACAAGUCUUCAAGAGACCAAAGUCGCACACUUCAAAUGACCAUCAGUCAGCUUAUUCGGAGGAAAUUUACUCUAUCCCCGACUUUUACUACUGCUGGCCACGGAGUGGACAAUGCAGCAUUCAAUGAGAUGAUAGAAAGCAGCGGGACCAGACACGUGACUUACGACAAUCGCUGCGUGACACAAGAGAUUGCCGGAUGUGAGAUAGCAAGGAAUCCUCUAACAAAGCAAACGCCAGCCAUAGCAGGGAAACACAGCUGUGAAGAUGUAUCUCAGGUAAAAAUAUUGUUUUGUUUGUCAUUACCUAUAAAUAAUUCAACCUUGGAGAGGUACACACCGACCUACAUAAGAAAACGAGUCUAAAUGCUCUUCCAUUAUUACUCCCAGGGGAUAUAAAGCAAGUCAAUCC